UUUUUCCUCUCUCUGCAGCACAUCAUACCGYUCCUACCUCCUGGAUGACCAGGUCCACGGCAGAGCAGACCUUGGAGGGCUUAUCAAAGCCUUACAGUCUGGCUGUCGAUGCCUGGAGCUAGGAGUAACUGAUGGCCCUGAGGGGGAGCCUUUGCUUGGGGUUGACUACGAGCCGGACAUUUCUCACCAUCAUCAUCACCAUCAUCAUCAUGCACCUGUUACUAUCCGUUCUGCGUUGGAGGUGAUCAACAAAUAUGCCUUUCUGACGUCUCGGUACCCUCUCCUGAUAUACUUGUGUCAGCGCUGCUCUCCGGCUCAACAGUGCACAAUGGCACAUCACCUAAAAAAGGUGUUUGGAUCUCGCCUUUAUACACCAGAAGCAUUGCCAGUUAGCCUGGGAGGGCGGGCCACAACCUUACCCUCUCCUGAACAGUUGAAGGGACGUAUCCUCAUAGUGGGUAAGAAGCUUUCCCCAGAGCAGGAAGGUUCUGAUGGGGAGGUGUCUGAAGAGGAUGAGGAAAUAGGCGGAGGGGGACCCUUAGCUGGAAGGAGAAUGACCAUWCCUGGUGAAGAGGAACUGGGUUUAGUCUUAGUGGUGCCUCCUCCUUCUCAGCCCAGGAAGCUCCGUCUCCACAAAGAGCUGUCAGACCUUGUGGCCAUUGCUCGGACUGGAAGCCGUAGCUUCUAUGCUCAGAGAAGCAGCUACAAACAGUCUCAGCAGCAGUCACCCCCCAGCAGCCCCUCCUCACCAGGCUCACCAGUUCUUCCAGAGCUGCCUUACUGGACAAUGUGCUCCUUGGGUGAAGGAGAGGCUGGGCGGUUGACCAGUGAGAGCCCAGAGGACCUUGUUAUGUUCACUAAGCGCACCCUAACCCGGGUAAGACCCAGCUCAGUACGUCUGGACUCCAGCAACCCCAACCCCCAAGGGUACUGGAAAGGAGGGGUCCAGCUUGUGGCCUUAAACCAACAGACUCCAGGCGCCAUGCUGGACCUCCAUCGAGGCCGCUUCACACAGAAUGGUGGCUGUGGUUACGUACUCCGCCCUGCUGUGAUGAGGGAUGAGGUGUCAUAUUUCAGUGCCCACACUCAUGGUUGUGUACCAGGAGUUCCACCUCAAACUCUGCGCAUUAAGGUGAUCAGUGCCCACAACCUACCCAAGCCUCAAGGUUCAGGUGCCAAGGGAGAAGUCAUCGAUCCGUAUGUGGUUCUGGAGCUGCACGGCGUCCCAGCUGACUGUGCAGAACAGAGAACACACACAGCAGCUCAGAACCAGGAUGACCCACUCUUUGAUGAGACCUUUGAGUUUCAGGUGAACAUGCCUGAGCUGGCCUUGUUACGCUUUGUGGUGUUGGACGAUGACUACAUAGGAGAYGAUUUCAUUGGCCAGAACACUGUUGCCUUUGAGUGCCUACAGCCUGGCUACCGGAAUGUGCCCUUGCUGGGCCUGGCAGGAGACCUCUUACCACACAGCAGCCUUUUUGUCCAUGUGGUCAUCACCAACCGACGAGGAGAUGGGAAGGCCCCACGCCGAGGGCUGUCAGUGAGGAGAGUGGGUCGACGCGGAAGGGAGUAUGUUACAUUGAGACACACAGGCAUCAAGAUGGUGGACGAAGUUUUCAAAAAAGCCAGCGSCCCCCUCAAGGAGGCAACAGACUUGCGAGAGGAUGCUCAGAGCUCCAUGGCCAAUUUCAAAGAUCAGUGUGGACUCCCCACAGUGGCCAAACUGAAGCAGUGCAUCCAGAGUCUGGCCACAAGGCUUCAGAGCCCCGACAGCUCCAUGGGAGCCAACAUGGUUCUGAGGGAUGGCUACCCUUGUCUGGAGCCACUGGUCAGCCUCUCAGAAAUGACUCGCAAAGUGCUUGCUGCCUACGAUGCGAUGAUUGCUGCCCAGAAACAGCUGAUUGAGGGUGCAGAUGGUGUUCAGGAGAGGAUUGACCACGUGCACAAAGAAGGAAUGGACUUCCAUGAGGAUCUCUCCCGGCUUGGUGACAAGGAAGGAUUGAAGGGACGCAAGCUAAAUAAAGCAGUGGAGAGUUUCACCUGGAACAUCACUGUGCUCAAGGGGCAGAGUGAUCUGGUUCGUGGAGCCAAAAUGGAUUCCUUGGAUGCCCUGCGUCAACUUGCUCUGGCCUGUGAAGCCUGUGGCCUCACCUCCUCGUCCUCCAACUCCUCCGGCUUCUCUACGGCUGAGCUGCACUACACCUCCCACCCCACGUCAGGCAGGCGGAGCAGCGCGCAUGGCAAUGGACGCAUCUGAACUCUGCACCUGAGCUAGCAGAGUGUUACAGAGGAAAAAAAGAUGAGAUGAUGCAAAGAGACAGACAGGAGACGAGGUGUGACAAGAAUGGGUACAGACAGGUGGUUGGUGUUUUCCUUUAUCCAGUGUAGUAAAGCAGUUCAAAUACAAUGUGACAUUCCACACUGCAGAUAGACACCUUGUCAAUAUCUGCAGCAGGAAAACACUGGUGACUUCUGUGCUUCUUAUACUGGUAUUUAUUGGCGUAACUCAGCAAAUGAAUCUUUUUUGAAAAGAAAAAUGAUCUGAUGUUAGGCAAAACAUAAGAAAAUGUAUGUAGAAUGGCCUCAGCAUUUCAGCUCAUCUUUGAACGUGAGUCCUCUGUUUUGAAUGUUGAAACAGUGAAAAAACACUAAUAGAUGUAAUGCAACUGGUGUAAGCAGACUUUGUGCUUCUGAAACCUACUAAGGUUUCAUGGUGCUUCUGUUGUUGGACAAAACUGCAGUUAUACUUAACAUGAAAAAAUAGACAGGUUUAUCAAACACAAACAAACAAAACAAAACUAAAACAAAUAGACUUCUAUUCUGUUGAGUUGAAGAUAUUUAAUUUCCCGGUAGCUUUCUCAUUUAUAAAUAAGUGAAGAGUGUAGAGUUCCAACUUUUUAAACAGCUUGAGAGAUGUGUUGUUAUUUAAGCUAGGUUCAUGUGCAGAUCAAACAAAAUGUCUUCAGCUACAAAACUCCAUUUUUGUUUUAUUUUAUAUAUAUAUUUGGAUUAACCAUGUCCUAGAUGACUAAAAAUCUACACCAGCUGGGUUAUACGGUAUUCAAGAUGAUCAUAGAUAAAGCCAGCUAAACAGUAAAAUGUCAUCAUCAUUAGCCUUUUCCUUUACCAAAAUGACUGAAGUUUUUGCCCUGUCGGAGUUUUAAAAUGUCUAAACAAAUGUACUUUCAGAUGUGAAAAAGAAAAAAAGCUGUCAUAUUUAUCUAGAAGUCUUUGAUAAACUUUAGAGGGACUUUAUUCCCAKAUUUAUUACUCCCUUGCCAUGUUACUGUGGAGGUUACUGUUUAAGGCAUCCUUUAAUCAUGAAGGUCCUGUCUGAUUUGGUGAGUCCAGAAAGAGACAGGACUAAAAGAGGGAUUCCUAUACUACACCAGGGCUGGUUAUAAAGCUGCUUCUUAACCGAUUCUUUCAUAAUAAGGUUUAGAACCAGUUGGGUUUUCCACAGACAGAGAGCCAACUCUGAGCCUCAUCGCUCCAUAUUAAAAAUUUCUUGCAGUAUAGGACUGAUCCUGAUCCUCUGUUGUGUUUUGAAUUCUGUAGAGACUUUUGCACAAAUCUAGAAUAAGGGAUUAAGCCAGGACUUUGGUGUAAACCUGAAUUAAUUAAGCUUUGAAUUGGUUUGGGAGAGGAAGCACCUAUGUUUCUAUGGUAAAAGGUGCUUUGAAACUAACUCUGAAUUAGUCCUGACCAGGUUCAAAGUGAAGCUUUUUUAAUUUUUUAAGCAGUAGUCAGUCACUUU